AUGCCCGUUCAAAUGCAUGAAGCUGAUACGAUCGCUGUAGAGGAUACGACAGUUGCUUCUGAAAACGAUGAUGAAAACCACGAAAUUGCCGAUAAUUUUCAUGUAAAGCCAGCUCCAAGAAGAUUUUCUUUUGGGAAAAUUCCUGUUCCUCCAGUUGCAUUAACAGUUUCCAAUAUUCAAGAAGCAGCUGCGUUAGAGAUAACGGACCAACAACCUCAAACCGAAUCGAAAGUUCAGUUGAAACCAAGAAAAUCAUCUGUUACGCCUGAUGUUUUCAAAAAUUUUCGAGAAUCUAACGAGAGAAAGAACACUCCCGCUAAGGAACAAAUUGUUCACGUUGAAACCAAAGGACGAUUCCGUGAUAUGAAAAAAGGAUUGUUCCAGUUUGAACGUCUUAGAGAACAAGAAAGAGAUGAAGCAUAUCAGCAACAAAGACAUAUAUUGGUUCCUUCGAUAUUUCAUAAUAUAGCUCAUGCGUAUCACACGCAGAGAGCUGUUAAUCAGUUUUCGAUAAUUGUUCAAGGAUUUCUUGCUGGUAUAUCACUGACGCUUGCUGUAUUUGCCUUCAAUUUCGCGGAGGAGGUGUUGUUGCGAGGAUACAAAUGGAUGAGCGUACCAAUUCAUGCGGCUUUUGUGGCCGCGUUCACGCUAGGUGUCGUUACUUCGAUUGAUAGAAUGGGUGUUUAUAAGUCACAACAUUUCACAUCAUGGACUCACUUGAAAGAAGUAAUUGUUAAUAAUGGUUUUAUUAGUGUUAUUAUCUGGUCUGUGGGGCUGUUGGCAACUUUGAUGUGCAUCCGAUUCGAUACAAAACUCUUUCAUGAGAACAUGGAAACGGUACCGCAUGAUUUGAUAACUCUUUGGAGAAUCUGUUGCGUCAUUCGUGCAAUAUCGGCGUCUGUUGGUUGGCUCUUCUUGGCAUUUCGUCCCGAUUCCGAUAUUGUUUCCAGACAAUUGAAAAUCUCAUUGCUUGAAUCAAUCAAAAGAAGCUAUGAAGCAGAUUACAGCGAAAAGAAAGAUGUAAUUCUCAAAGCCUUGCGUAUGAAUUCUUAG